AUGGCAGAGAACGUUGGAAUGGAUAGAGUACCAGGUUUUGGGCGGCUGGAGCCACAUCCACCCAGCACGCCUCCAAUAUCCAGGUCCUCUGCUCUGAGUCACAGGAGAAAACUCUGUCCUAUCCAACCGAUGGGGAUCUACUCAGAUAUUAUUAGUCCAGCAGCCAAAUCUAAACACCAGCAACCUCAGAUCACUGAUUUCUCUCCUAAUGGAUAUACACCCAAGGUCCAGUUGCCCUACAUAACCAUGCCUGGUGAGCGCCCCCGCAGGGCAGAAAUAGAGAGGCGUAGGAGGGAAUACCUGAAGCUUGACAUUGUCCAGCUCCUGGCUGAAAAAGGCAUAAACUCUAAUCUACUGAUGCCAAGACACCAGAGCAGUGGUAACCAGCAUGUGACCACUCCAGACAAUUAUGCACCUCCCGUGUCAAACUACCUACCCUUAGAGAUAUUUGAUAAUGAGGACUAUGACUGCCGUACUCCAGAGGACUGGCUUUCCCUGGGCUAUGAUGAAGGAUCACCAGAUCGCAAACCUAUACCUGCUAAAGCCCUGCUGCCUACAACUGACAAGAUUCCACCAGACGACCCAAAAAGCCCCUCCCUGAAGUAUGACUGGCACUUUGUUGGGGUUCUGGAGUAUAGUAAGGAGAAAGGCCAGUACCUGGUUCAGAAGACUGACAAAAAAGGGAGAUUGACAGACCAUAAAGGAAAACCUGUUUUAAAUGGAGGAUACCAAAAGGGUGUAACCCCCAUGCUGAAAGCCACUCAGUACUGGGUGCCCAGGAUCAGAUUGUUAUUUAGUGCUGAGGACCCCCGUGUCUUUGCCCAGCGGGUCCAGUUUGCCCAGCACUCGAGGGAGAAUGCAGAGGCCCUCAUCCUCUACAAGUUGAGUGUAGACUGCAUGCCCAUCUGGAGUGGCAACCCCUCUCUUGACACCCACAGUCUCGAGCACAUCAAAAAGUCUGCCUUCUCCACUCCUGGCCCCAGACUGGAAAGUCUGCCGGAGUGUGUAGGGCACCUGGAGGAAAAGGUGAAACUGGAAUAUGAUCGUACCAUAAACCGCAUCAUUUUUGACAAAGUAGUAAUGAGCCAUCCAGAGGAGUUCUCACACAUCACCCUGCCAAAGAAAGAUCCUGAAUGUGUACCACAAAAAGGACAUGUGUCUGUCCCUGACUAUCACUUCAAGAUGAAAAGAGCUGCAUUUGUCUCCAAGUCCCUUCUGACUAAGCCAGAGGUGAUCCAUGUAUUGUCUGAAAUAGGUGCAGAGUGCAACAAAGUGACAGACAUGAGUCUGUUCCACAUCACCUUGACCAAGCCAGUGCGUCUGGAGGAGUUUGAGCUUACCCAGACUCAGAAACAUGAGCAGGUAGGCUUGUUUCUUCGGGACUCAUGGGUGACCACGCUGUCUAACACAAUCCGUUUGAAGCUGAGGGAUGUUGGCCCUGGCUGGUACAGCCUAAAUGAGCAUCAGUGGGACUUGUACAAGAUGUCCAAGCUGUACAGCCUUAUGUCCCUGGUGCGUUACAAACUUCAGGACUCGCUGCGCUUUCUGGUGCUGAACUCCCUGAGCAGCCUGACUCAGAUGGUGUUAGACACCUGCCACAGUGUGCUGACGUGUCCUCAGGAUCUGGUCUGGGAAAACGACCUUAUCACCAGCCCCUACAAACCAGAGAUGAACCCUCUUUUCAUGGUGGAACUGGUUCUGGAUCAGAGUGGUGUCCAUUACAAGACUCCUCUGGAAAACUUUGAGACAUGUCUCUUAAACCUGUUUGAUAAGGGCAUUCUGGCCACAUACAAUAUACCACAGCUUGAUAAGUUUGUAAUGCAGAAGAUGUUCAUCUGUGGCACUCCCCUGCUGGAGUCGGUGGCUUUGUGGGAUGCAGCCGUCACUAAGCUGAGAGAGAAAGUCUGCAUGGCUUUGCGCCAAGCUACCAUACCCCUCAGAGCCUACGCUGCUGAAUAUGAGAAAUACUUGGAGCUACACAACUCAAACAUAGAAACCCUCCUCAAUACCCUUAUCCCAGCAGAGCAGACGGCUCAGGAAAUAAAGGAAGCGGUUCUUCAUCAAUUGAAAGAAAAAGAGAAACUAGACCACUCCUUGCCAUCUUCCAUUGUCAUUGGCCCCUUCUGUGUCAGUGUAGAGACUGUGCGUCAGUCUCUGUCUAGAAAACGAAGUGCUUUAGCCAACAAAGUACUAGACCACUUUGCCAUUUGGCUGCGCAAGCAAGAUGAUGAUGUAUGUGAAGAGUGUGAAGUCAUCUGGAGAAAGCUAUAUGAGAAGCCCAACAGCAUUGAGGAGCUGACAGAUAAGAGGGAUUGGAUGAAACAAAUUCCUGAGCAACUCAAGAGUUACAAGGACAUUCUAGGCAAGGCCUUAUUGGACUAUGAAGUAAUGGACAUGUUCCUCUACAGUCUGUCUGAUGAGGAUAAUAACCGAAAGCAGACAGCUAUUGGGUGGCCUCGUAAGAUAGCGACUCACAUUGAAGCAGUAGUUGCCCAGAAUGUGGAGGAUGAGGAGCACUUCCACAAGAUUCACCUGGUCAACCAGAGUACCUUCCAGGACCAAAUAGAGUCCUUACAGUUGCUGGUUGCUGGGCUAACUUCUCGCACAAACAUUGAUUGUGCCCAUGAGACAGCCAAUGAGGUGAGAUGUGCAAGCAAGCAGCUUAAGGAGUGCCAGGCUCAAGCCCAAACUAACAACAACAGAGAACGUCUCUUUAAGAUUCCCAUCUCCAAUUAUGACCAUCUUCAGAAGCUGAUAAAGGAUUUCCAGCCCACCAGGGACCUAUGGACCACCACCUCUGACUGGCUGCGUUGGCAGGAAAGCUGGUUCAGUUGUUCACUCUCUGCCAUUGAUCCAGAGCGGCUGGAACAAGACGUCACAGAUGCAUUCAAGACAAUGCACAAGUGUGUCAAACAGUUCAAGGAUGUCCCUGACGUCCAGAUGGUGGCAACUGAAAUCCGCAGCAAGAUUGAGGACUUCCUUCCUUAUAUUCCUCUGAUCCAGGGCCUGAGAAACCCAGAAAUGAGGAGCUGCCACUGGCAGAUGCUUUCUGAUCGGAUCCAGAUCAAUGUCAAGCCUCAAGCCAACCUGACCUUGUCCCGUUGCCUGGAGCUGGGCCUGCAGAACCAUGUGGAUGAGAUAGCGCAUGUAGCUGAGGUGGCUGGGAAAGAGUUUGCCAUUGAACAGGCUCUUGAAAAGAUGGAAAAUGAGUGGUCGACAAUAGUUUUCUGUGUGCUGCCCUACAAAGAGACUGGUACCUACAUAAUCAAGAGUCUAGAUGAGGCCUCGCAGCUGCUGGAUGAUCACAUCACAAUGACCCAGAGCAUGUCCUUCUCCCCCUUCAAGAAGCCUUUUGAGGACCGCAUCACCGCCUGGGAGAGCAAGCUGAGAUUGACACAGGAUGUGCUGGAGGAAUGGCUUGCAUGCCAGCGCUCCUGGCUCUACCUGGAGCCCAUUUUCAGCUCUGACGAUAUAAAUCGCCAGCUUCCCAUAGAGGCAAAGAGAUACCAGACAAUGGAUCACACAUGGAGGAGGAUCAUGAAAAAUGCCUUUGAUAACCGCCAGGUGAUUGACCUGUGCCCAGAUGUAGAUCUGCUAGAAAAUCUCAAGAAGUGUAACAUACUAUUAGAACUGGUUCAGAAGGGGCUCAGUGACUACUUGGAGACGAAGCGAGGCUCCUUCCCCAGAUUCUACUUCCUGUCAGAUGAUGAGCUUCUGGAGAUUUUGUCCCAAACCAAAGAUCCCACCGCUGUACAGCCUCACUUGCGCAAAUGCUUUGAGAAUAUUGCUCAGCUCAAGUUCCAGUCAGAUCUUCAAAUCACACAUAUGUACUCUGGGGAGGGAGAGGAGGUAAAGCUGUUCCUGCCAGUGAUGCCUAGUGGGAACGUGGAAGACUGGCUGAGGGAGGUGGAGAAGUCUAUGAAGGCGAGUUUGAGGGAUAACAUCGACCGCUCACUCAGAGCCUAUGCUGAGCAACCUCGUACAGAGUGGGUGUUAUUGUGGCCUGGUCAAGUGGUGAUUGCUGGCUGUCAGGUCUUCUGGACCACUGAGGUAUCUGAAUCCCUGGAACGGGGAGACCUGGCUGACCGCCUCUACCCACAACUACAGACACAGCUGGGUGACUUGGUGCAGCUGGUGAGAGGACGUCUGUCCAAGAUGCAAAGGAGUGUGCUCUCUGCCCUCAUCGUCAUAGAAGUUCAUGCUAAGGAUGUAGCAGCCAAACUAGUGGAGGAAGGGGUCUCAAGUGUCAGUGACUUUGAGUGGAUCAGCCAACUCAGAUAUUACUGGGCUAAAGAUGAUUUGUACAUCCGAGCAGUGAAUGCAGAAUUCUUGUAUGGAUAUGAGUAUCUAGGCAACUCUGGACGUCUGGUCAUCACCCCACUCACUGACAGAUGCUACUUGACCUUGACAGGGGCCCUACAUCUGAAGUUUGGAGGGGCUCCUGCAGGUCCUGCAGGGACAGGAAAAACAGAAACCACCAAAGACCUGGGAAAGGCCCUGGCCAUCCAGACAGUGGUUUUCAACUGCUCUGACCAGCUGGACUUUAUUGCAAUGGGCAAAUUCCUGAAGGGACUGGCCAGCUCUGGGGCCUGGGCAUGCUUUGAUGAGUUUAAUCGUAUUGAUGUGGAGGUGCUGUCUGUAGUGGCACAGCAAAUCACCACUAUUCAGAAGGCCCAACAGCAAAGAGUGGAACACUUUGAGUUUGAAGGGACAGAGAUCCCUCUUGUCCCCUCUUGUGCUGUCUUCAUUACUAUGAAUCCUGGUUACGCCGGCCGCACUGAACUGCCUGACAAUCUCAAGGCCCUGUUCCGUCCUGUUGCUAUGAUGGUCCCUGACUAUGCUAUGAUAGCUGAGAUUUCCCUCUACUCAUUUGGCUUCAGUGAUGCCAAAGUACUUUCCAAGAAGAUAACAACCACUUUUAAGCUCUCCUCUGAGCAGCUUAGCUCUCAGGAUCAUUAUGAUUUUGGAAUGAGAGCUGUGAAGACUGUGAUCUCAGCUGCUGGAAACCUGAAGAGAGAAAAUCCUGAUAUGAAUGAGGAGCUGAUCUGUCUGCGGGCCAUUCAAGACGUCAAUGUACCAAAGUUUCUGCAGGAUGACCUGAAGCUCUUCAAUGGUAUUGUGUCGGACCUCUUCCCUACGAUCAAAGAGAAGCCUAUCGACUACGGCACACUGGAGGAGUCCAUACGGAAUGUCUGUGCUAAGAAGAACCUGAAAGAUGUAGAUGGCUAUAUUACAAAGUGUAUUCAGCUGUAUGAAACCACUGUGGUGAGGCAUGGUUUGAUGUUGGUUGGACCUUCUGGAUCGGGUAAAACCAAGUGCUAUGAGAUACUAGGUGCUGCCAUGACAGCUCUAAAGGGCGAGCCCUCUGUGAGUGGAGGUGUGUAUGAGUCAGUUCAGACGUAUGUCCUCAACCCCAAGUCCAUCACUAUGGGUCAGCUCUAUGGGGAGUUUGACCUGCUCACACACGAGUGGACAGACGGUAUCCUAUCAUCUCUUAUCCGUGGAGGGGCAGCGUCAAUGGAUGAGGAAAAAAAGUGGUACAUGUUUGAUGGACCAGUGGAUGCCGUGUGGAUUGAGAACAUGAAUACUGUGCUAGAUGACAACAAAAAACUCUGCCUCAGCUCCGGAGAAAUCAUUAAGCUCAGAGAUACGAUGACCAUGAUGUUUGAGGUGCAGGACUUGGCGGUGGCGUCCCCGGCGACAGUGUCUCGCUGUGGCAUGGUCUACCUGGAAUCCAGUAUUCUGGGCCUCACACCCUUCACAGAAUGCUGGCUGAAGAAGGUCCCUGAGCCCCUGAAACCAUACUCAGAGCAGCUCAACGUCCUCUUCACCAGGUUCUUACAGGACUCCAUCACAUUUGUGCGUAAAUCGGUGAAGGAGGUCAUCGCUUCUCUGGACAGUAACCUGACCUGUAGUCUGCUAAAACUUAUGGACUGUUUCUUCAAUCCCUUCAUCCCGCGAGAGGGUGAGAGGCCACUUCCACAAGAGAAACUUAACCGUGUGAAAGAGCUGAUUGAACCCUGGUUCUUUUUCUCUCUGGUGUGGAGCGUUGGAGCCACAGGAGAUGCUGCCAGCUGCCAGCGCUUCAGUGCCUGGCUCCGGGACAAGAUGGUAGAGGAAAAGAUUCAUUUAUGUUUUCCAGAUGAAGGCCUGGUAUAUGACUACAGGCUUGAUGAUGCAGGGAUCAGUAACAUGGGGGAUGAUGGUGAAAACAAAGAGAGAAAAGUUCAGUGGGUCAGCUGGAUGAAAUAUGCCCAGAGUGCAGUAAUCACCUCAGACACAAGCUACGCUGAUAUCAUUGUUCCCACCCCUGACACCGUGAGAAAGUCUUUUCUGCUGGACAUGCUGUUGACAAAUAAGAAACCUGUACUCUGUAUUGGGCCAACUGGCACAGGGAAGACUCUUACUAUAUCAGAUAAGCUACUAAAAAACAUGCCAACAGACUACAUCACACACUUCCUCAUGUUCUCUGCCCGCACCUCAGCCAACCAGACUCAAGAUUACAUUGACAGCAAAUUGGACAAAAGGCGUAAGGGUGUGUUUGGCCCUCCAAACGGGAAGUAUUUUAUCUUCUUCAUUGAUGAUCUGAAUAUGCCUAUGUUGGAGACCUAUGGUGCUCAGCCUCCUAUAGAGCUGCUGCGCCAGUGGAUAGACCAUGGAGGCUGGUACGACAGGAAGCAGAUAGGGACUUUCAAGCGCCUAGUUGACAUCAACUUUGCUUGUGCCAUGGGUCCCCCGGGUGGAGGGCGGAACCCCAUCACCCCACGCUUCACACGCCACUUUAACUUCUUAUCCUUCACAGAGAUGGAGGAUGCUAGCAAGAAAAAGAUUUUCUCUACCAUUGUAGGCAGUUGGAUGGAACCUGUGCCAGCUAUCCAGCCACUGAAUGAGCCUCUUGUAGAUGCCACUAUGCGAGUCUAUUCUACCAUUACCUCCCAGCUCCUUCCAACACCAGCUAAGUCCCAUUACACCUUCAACCUGAGGGAUCUGUCCAAGGUCUUCCAGGGCAUGCUCAUGGCUGAGGCGGGCAUGAUAGAGGACCAGUUACAGCUGCUACAGCUUUGGUACCAUGAGAGCUGCCGGGUUUUCCAGGACCGCCUGGUGAAUGCUGAGGAUAGGGAUUGGUUUGACAGGCUCCUGCAGGCCUGCAUUCAGGAGUUUGGCUGCAGCUUUGAAGAGGCUUUGCUCUGCCAACCAGUCCUUUAUGGAGACUUUAUGAUCCCUGAAGCUGACAAUAAGGUCUACACACUUAUAGAAGACAGGGAAAAGUUGUCCAGGGUGAUGGAGGAGUACCUGGAUGACUACAACCAGAUCAGCACCACCAAAAUGAAGCUGGUGCUCUUCAUGGAUGCCAUUCAGCAUGUGUGUCGCAUUAGUCGCAUCCUGCGCCAGCCCCUGGGCAAUGCCCUGCUUCUUGGAGUGGGUGGCAGUGGGCGCCAGUCACUCACCAAGCUGGCCUCAUAUAUAUCAAACUAUGAGUGUUUCCAAAUUGAGCUGUCUAAGAACUAUGGUCACAUAGAGUGGAGGGAAGACAUCAAGAGCAUCAUGCUGAAAGCUGGCCUUCAGAACGAGCAGAUCACCUUCCUCUUUGUAGACACACAGAUUAAGAGUGAGUCAUUCCUGGAGGAUGUGAACAACAUACUGAACUCCGGGGAUGUUCCCAACCUGUAUGCAUCAGAUGAGCAGGAGCGCAUCCUUACAGCCAUGAAGCCGGUGGUGCAGGACCUAGGCCAGCAGCCUACUAAAGCCAACCUUAUGGCUGCCUACAUCAGGAGGGUCCGCAGCAACAUCCACACUGUACUCUGCAUGAGUCCUAUAGGAGAGGUGUUUCGUUCCCGGCUGAGACAGUUUCCCUCGCUGGUUACCUGUUGUACCAUAGACUGGUUCAGUGCCUGGCCAGAGGAGGCCCUGCAGGCUGUGGCUAACUCCUUCCUCAAUGAGCUGCCUGAACUGGAGGCCAGCCCCACAGCCAUAAACGGACUGGCCUUGAUGUGUGUGAAGAUCCACCAGAUAGUAGCCAGGAAGUGUGAACAGUAUCUGGCUGAGCUUUCUCGCUACAACUAUGUCACACCCAAGAGCUACCUGGAGCUGCUCAGUAUCUUCUCAGAUCUCAUUGGGCGCAAGAGGCAAGAGUUGCACAGUGCCCGUCAGCGCAUGAAGACUGGUCUGGACAAGCUCCUCAGCACAGCAGAGGAUGUAGGUAAGAUGCAACAGGAGCUGGAGAUGAUGAGGCCUCUCCUGGAGGAGGCUGCUAAGGACACUGUUGCCACCAUGGAGAAGAUCAAAGAAGACACGGUGGUCGCUGAGGAGACCCGUACAGCGGUGCAGGCAGAGGAGGCCAAAGCCUCUGAGAAAGCCAGUAUUGCAGGGGCCAUUGCAGAUGAUGCCCAGAAAGACUUGGAUGAGGCCCUGCCAGCCCUAGAUGCUGCCCUUGCCAGUCUCAAGUCACUCACGAAGAAUGAUGUUACUGAGGUGCGAGCCAUGCAGCAUCCUCCUCAAGGGGUGAAGCUGGUUAUUGAGGCAGUGUGUAUCAUGAAAGGUGUCAAACCCAAAAGGAUACCCGGAGAAAAGCCUGGCACCAAGGUGGAUGACUACUGGGAGCCUGGGAAAGGCCUGCUACAGGACCCUGCCAAGUUUUUGGAGAGCCUCUUCAAGUUUGAUAAGGAUAACAUCCCAGAGAAUGUGAUCAAAUUAGUCCAGCCCUACAUAGAUAAUGAGGAGUUCCAGCCAGCUUCCAUUGCCAAGGUUUCCAAAGCCUGUACAUCCAUCUGCCAGUGGGUGCGAGCCAUGCAUGUGUAUCACUUUGUGGCCAAGACUGUGGCGGUUAAAAGGCAAGCUCUCCAGGAGGCCCAGGAUGACUUGGCAGUGACCCAGCGCAUCCUGGAUGAUGCCAAGGAUAAGCUGGCAGCGGUGGAAGAGGGCAUCGCCACCUUGCAAGCCAAGUACAGUGAUUGCCUGGCCAAGAGAGACGAGUUAGACACCAAGUGCCAACUGUGUGAGAGUCGGCUGGUCCGAGCAGACAAGCUUAUAGGUGGGCUAGCUGAUGAGAAGGUGCGUUGGAAGGAGACAGUGCUGCAUCUUGACUAUAUGGUCAAUAAUGUGGCAGGGGACGUGCUUUUAUCUGCAGGAUAUGUGGCUUACCUUGGACCCUUCACUGGAGAGUACCGGGCAGCCAUGGCAGAGGAGUGGCUGCGUUGUUUCAAAGAGCUAAGUGUUCCACACACUGAUGAACCCAAUCUGAUCAACACUCUUGCAGACCCUGUCAAGAUCCGCUCCUGGCAGAUAGCAGGUUUACCCAAGGAUAACCUUUCAGUGGAGAAUGGUGUAAUCACCCAGUACUCUCAGCGCUGGGCUCUGUUUAUUGACCCCCAAGGACAAGCCAACAAGUGGAUCAAAAACAUGGAGCGUGACAGUGGAUUGGAUGUAAUGAAGCUCAGUGACCGGGACUUUCUCCGCAGUCUUGAGAACGCCAUUCGCUUUGGUAAACCCUGCCUCUUGGAGAACGUGGGAGAGGAACUAGAUCCUGCUUUAGAGCCAGUCUUGUUGCGGCAGACAUAUAAGCAUCAGGGCAGCACAUUACUGAAGUUGGGAGAUGCAGUCAUCCCCUACCAUGAUGACUUCAAGAUGUACAUCACCACCAAGCUGCCUAACCCUCACUACUCUCCAGAGAUCUCCACCAAAGUUACACUCAUUAACUUCACUCUAUCACCCAGUGGUCUGGAGGACCAGCUGCUGGGCCGGGUGGUGGCAGAGGAGCGUCCAGACCUGGAGGAAGCUAAGAACCAGCUGAUAAUCAGCAAUGCUAAGAUGAAGCAAGAGCUGAAGGACAUUGAGGAUGAGAUCCUUUUCCGCCUCAGUUCCACAGAGGGAAAUCCUGUGGACAAUGAGGAGCUCAUCCGGGUGCUGGGAGCCUCUAAGAUCAAGGCUGGAGAGAUCAAGGCCAAAGUGAUGGCAGCAGAGCAGACAGAGCGGGACAUCGAUGCCACCCGUCUGGGGUACGUGCCUGUGGCUGUGCGCAGUCAGAUCCUCUUCUUCUGCGUGUCUGAUCUGUCCAAUGUCGACCCCAUGUACCAAUACUCUCUGGAGUGGUUCCUUGGCAUCUUCAUGGCUGGCAUUGCGAACUCUAAGGGAGCAGACACAGUGGAGGAGAGAAUCGUCAACAUCAAUGAGUUCUUCACCUUCAGCCUUUAUAGCAAUGUGUGCCGCAGCUUGUUUGAGAAGCACAAGCUCAUGUUUGCCUUUCUCCUGUGCACUCGCAUCAUGAUGAAUGAAAACCAGAUUGACAUGGCUGAGUGGCGCUACCUGUUAUCAGGGGGGAUACCUGUCCAGCAGCUUAACAACCCAGCAGUGAGCUGGCUAUCAGAACGCGCCUGGCAGGACAUCCUGGGCCUCAGCGCCCUGCCCAACUUCAGCAGCCUAGCAGAAAGCUUCUCCACACAUAUGCGGGGCUUCAAAACAAUCUUUGACAGCAGCCAGCCUCACAGAGAACCCCUCCCAGGAGAGUGGAACACCAAAUUGGAGUCGUUCCAGAAGUUGUUACUCUUGCGCUGCCUGAGGGCCGACCGCCUCACCCAUGGCCUCCAGGACUUUGUUUCAGCUCAGCUGGGCCAGCGCUUCAUAGAGCCUCAGACAUCAGACCUGUCAGUGGUCUUCAAGGAGUCGUCAUCCUCCACUCCCCUAAUAUUUGUCCUCUCCCCUGGGACUGACCCUGCCGCCGACCUCUACAAAUUUGCUGACGUCAUGAAAUUUUCCAAGAAGUUGAAUGCCAUCUCUUUGGGCCAGGGCCAGGGCCCCUGGGCUGAAGCCAUGAUGCACAGUGCCAUGGAGAAAGGACAAUGGGUCUUCUUCCAGAAUUGUCACCUGGCGCCCAGUUGGAUGCCCUCCCUCGAGAGACUCAUUGAGAACAUUGACCCAGUUAAGGUGCACAGGGACUUUCGUCUGUGGCUGACCAGUCUGCCUAGCAACAAGUUCCCAGUGUCUAUCCUGCAGAAUGGCUCCAAGAUGACUAUUGAGCCUCCCAGGGGCAUAAAGGCCAACCUCCUGAAAACCUACCUGAACCUCACUAAUGAUUUUAUCACAUCCUGCACCAAGACAACAGAGUUCAAGUGUCUGCUCCUGUCUCUGUGUCUGUUCCAUGGAAAUGUCAUUGAGCGCAGGAAGUUUGGCCCUCUGGGUUUCAACAUUCCCUACGAGUUCACUGAUGGAGACCUGCGCAUCUGCAUCAGCCAGCUCAAAAUGUUCUUGGAUGAGUACCAGGACAUCCCAUACAAGGUGUUAAAAUACACUGCAGGAGAGAUUAACUAUGGUGGCCGUGUGACAGAUGACUGGGACAGACGCUGUAUUCUCAAUGUAUUGGAGGAUUUCUACUGUCCUGCUGUGCUCAAUGUUGACCAUGCCUAUUCUUCCUCUAGAGUCUACCGUCAGAUAGAGACAGAUCUGGAUAUCAAGGGCUACUUAGCGUACAUUCGCAGUCUGCCCAUCAAUGAUACACCUGAGAUCUUCGGACUGCACGACAAUGCUAACAUCACCUUUGCCCAGAAUGAGACCUUUGCCCUGCUGGGAGCUGUGGCUCAACUUCAGCCUCGAGCUGCAUCUAGUGGAGGCAAAGCUAGGGAGGAGAUAGUGGAAGAAAUUGUGACAGGCAUUGCUGAAAAGAUCCCCAAGCCCAUCAAUGUCCAGGAGGUGAUGAAUAAGUAUCCAGUCCUCUAUGAAGAGUCCAUGAAUACAGUGCUCAUCCAGGAGGUCAUCAGAUAUAACAGGUUGCUGGCGGUCAUCUCUCAGAGUCUCAGUGACAUUGUGAAGGCUCUGAAGGGUUUAGUGGUGAUGUCAUCAGAACUGGAGCUUAUGGCCAACAGUCUGUUCAUCAACGCCGUGCCUGAUAUGUGGAAGGCCAAGGCCUACCCAUCUCUGAAGCCACUAGCCUCCUGGGUGUCAGACCUCCUUCAAAGGAUCAGUUUUCUGAAGAGUUGGAUUUCUGAUGGCAUCCCGGCUGUAUUCUGGAUCAGCGGCUUCUUCUUCCCCCAGGCCUUUCUCACUGGAACCCUCCAGAACUAUGCCCGUCGCUCUGUCAUCUCCAUCGACACUGUUGGCUUUGACUUUGAGGUUAUGGUGAAAUCAGCAUCUGAGAUAACAGAGAGACCAAGCAUGGGCUGCUACAUCCACGGUCUAUUUCUGGAGGGGGCUUGCUGGGAUGCCGAGGCAGGCCAACUGACUGAGUCCAGGCCCAAGGAGCUCUACACAGAGAUGGCAGUCAUCUGGCUGAUCCCUAAGCCCAACCGCAAACCUCCAUCCUCUGGGGUCUACAUCUGCCCCAUCUACAAGACCCUAACACGAGCUGGGACCCUGUCUACAACUGGCCAUUCCACAAACUAUGUGAUGGCUGUGGAGCUGCCCACAGAUCGCACGCAGCGACACUGGAUCAAACGGGGAGUGGCCCUCAUCUGCGCGCUGGACUACUGAACACACACACUCAAACACAUACAGGAAUUUACAGGAGAUGCACUUUUUAGGUGGACUGCUUUUAACAUGAGUCUCAAAGUUAAAUUGUAUUGAAUAAAAAAGAAGUUAAUUGAAUUAAACUGAGUUGAACAGUGACACAGACA